CCGUGGGAGAUGACAGCAUCUAUUCCACUGUGGGAGACAGAUAAAUAGGACUGCUCAAGAUGCAAUCUGCACUCAUAUUUUUUCUCUCUUUUGUGACCAAACUUUUGUGAGCCCACUGGUAUGUGAUCAGGACAGUGCAGGCAUGGAGCUGAAUGACACUGGAGUCCAAACACUGGCUCCUGAGCCAUGUGAACAGCAGAUACUACAGGAGGACCAUACUGACAACUGUAGCGGAGGUUCUACCAGCAACCUGUCGCUGCACUGCUGGCUGCAGAUCCUCACCAAGGAAUCCAUCAUGGAAUUUCAAGGAGACAGCUCCAGUCUUGUGGUGCGUGUGAUGAUAGCAUGUGUCUACUCUAUAGUGUGUGCACUCGGGCUGGUAGGGAACUCACUGGCACUGUAUUUACUACAUUCACGAUACAGGCAGAAGCAAUCGUCCAUCAACUGCUUUGUGAUGGGACUGGCUAUAACAGACCUACAGUUUGUCCUGACUUUGCCGUUCUGGGCCGUGGACACGGCCCUGGACUUCCGCUGGCCUUUUGGCCGGGUGAUGUGCAAAAUCAUCAGCUCUGUGACAACCAUGAACAUGUAUGCCAGUGUAUUCUUCCUGACAGCUAUGAGUGUGGCACGCUAUUACUCCAUCUCCUCUGCGCUGAAGAUGCACAGCCGCAGGGCUGCAGCCACUCGGGCCAAAUGGACCAGCCUGGGCAUUUGGGUUAUUUCUUUGCUGGCCACUUUGCCUCAUGCCAUCUACUCCACUAGUGCCCAGGUGUCAGAUGAGGAGCUUUGCUUGGUGCGCUUUCCAGAAUCAGGCAACUGGGAUCCACAGCUGCUUUUGGGUCUAUACCAGCUGCAAAAGGUCCUUCUGGGCUUCCUUAUCCCUCUGAUCAUAAUCACUGUCUGCUAUUUGCUGUUACUGCGCUUCAUCCUCAGCCGACGCAUCACAGGGGCAGCGGGCCCAGAGGCUGAGCAGGGCCGGCAAAGUCGUCGUUCUAAAGUGACCAAAUCCAUUGCCAUUGUGGUUCUGUCCUUCUUUCUGUGCUGGCUGCCCAAUCAGGCAUUGACAUUAUGGGGAGUGCUCAUAAAGUUUGACCUUGUGCCCUUCAGCAAGGCUUUCUACAAUGCUCAAGCCUACGCUUUCCCCCUCACUGUGUGUUUGGCACACACCAACAGCUGCCUCAACCCUGUGCUCUACUGUCUGAUUCGCCGGGAGUUUCGGGCAGGUCUAAAGGAGCUCCUGCUGCAUGCUACACCAUCCUUUAGGAGACUGUCUCAUCUGCUGCCUCGUAAGGCCAAAGUGGCUGAGGCACCGCCCGUUCUGGUGCUCGUCCAAAUGGAUGUCUGACUUGGGUGACUCAGCUUUGAGCAGCUUACAAAGUCAGUGACUAACUCACAAAGUAAAUAUGUGAGAGCUGUCUCUAGUUCUGUUGAUUUGAAGGGUGAGUAAACCCUCAAACCUGCUGGACAAAAAAAAAAAUCAAAUCUCUUUUUAGCUUUUGAAAACCAGAAGUUCAUUAUGGACUACCCAGUGGGAUGUGCUCCACAUUUACUGUGUGCUCCAGGGUUCACACCGCACAUGUUUGUACUUAUUAUACAAUGACUUCCUCCAUCACUGAAGGUAUCACACUGUGUCUCUUUGUGUCUUUCUGUCAGUACUUAUGAUGCUCUCUGGUAAAUGGGUUAUGAAUAUGUAUAAAUGUCACUUUUAAAUUAGAUUAAAAGAGUAGCAGUACUUAGACAGGUCUGAGAUGAGCAAGGUUGAGAUUAAUAAAAAACCUCUAUUAACAUCUGCCACCACAUGAGCAUCAUGAAUGAUAAUAAGUACUCCUUACAUUCCCACGAUAUGAUGAAAACUACCCAGUAUUAACACUGUGUUGAUAUUCCAUUCAUAAAAAUGUGGCGAUCUAUUAAUGAGGAACAAAAUCUGAAUAUAAUUAGGAACUGAUUGAGAAAAAACUAAUAAAUAAUGAAUACAGCAUCAGUAACGAGGAGGUGCUUCAGUGUUUCAGCUUUUUGCUGUGUCUGUGAUUGUUCUUUUGUGCCUUUGUUUCCAGUGAUUCAUUCAGUAAAAGUAAAAUUGUGUGGAGAACAUAAUUAUGGCAAAUAUUCAGAUUUCACAAUGCAGAUGGUGAAAUUUAGAAAAAAGAAAUCAAUAGAAAGAAUAACUUGCUACAGAAGCAGAAUGUGAUAUAAAAGCUUUAUUAUAAUGAGUGUGUAGUUAAAGAGAUGAAAGCAGUCCUUGAGGACACAGGAUCACAAGUCCAACUGAUUGAAUAUAGAUGUAAACUUCCAUGCAACACGUUCCGUUCUCGUUGCCUACACAUUUUCUAUAGAGAUCAGUAGAAAUAUUCAUGAGCAAUAUCUCCCACUCCCAGGCCUGGCCACAACACAUAUGUUUUUGCCUAGCUGUAGAUGUGUUAGCAUGAACAACAAAAAGAAUCAUUUAGAGGAUACAUUAGAUUUGCAGAUUUGUGUAUCUUUGCCACAUAUUCAAACUAGGCCAUUCAUAAAAAUGAAGCAUUUCUCAAUGGGUAUCAGCUUCUCCUCUCUGUUACACCCUUAUAUUUGUGGCAGGAGCACAUAACUGAUGUGAUAAUGUAAUCUUCUGUAAAUAUGUUGUCUCUCGAUAUGCUGUUUUGACUCUGGUGACACUCAUGAUCAUUUGUAGAAGGCUAUUUUGUUGAUUUGA